CAAGUUCAAACAUGGCUUGGGGCGCGAAGACUGGCGUGACAGACUUGGUCCAAAAACUGCAAGCGGGCAACACCAAGAACAUGUACGUCCUUCGAACACGUACAGUCGGUACGAGUGACGCCAUUGCGCUGGCGGCGGCGUUGGCCACCCAUCCGAUCAUGGAGGAGUUCUACUUGUCCGGCCAUGACCUGGAUGCGUCGGGACUGGCCGCGUUUGCAUCUGUCUUGGCCACCAAUUCUGUGCUACAAAAGUUGGUUGUCGGCACGUCCAGUUUGGGGGAUGCUGGUGUGACAUUGUUGGCGAAUGGACUCGCGCAGAACGACCACAGUGGCUUAGUUGAUUGGGACUUUGAGUUCAAGGGCUUUGGGAAUGCAGGCGCAGCGUCUAUUGGGGCCAUGUUGGCUGCCAAUCGCAGCAUUCGCCACGUGAAUGUUUCCCGGAAUGCUUUCGAUGGCACCGGUCUCGACUCGAUCAUCGCUGGCCUCCACUCGUCCCCCACCCACAAUGUACAAACCCUUGACGUCCACGACAGCGAGCUCGCCCUAAGCGACUCGUCCAUCCUUCCCAAUUACAUCCGAGACGCCAACUGCGGUCUUCGAACUGUUUUGUUCACUGGCAACCCUCUUGGACGCGCGGCGACGGCUCUUUUCACGGCGUUAGCUGCUAAUACCUCGAUCGAAUCACUUCAUUUGACCCAAUGCAACCUUCCAGACGACGCGCUGAUCGCUCUCGGACACGCCUUGGGUGCCAACCAAACCUUGAAGCACUUGGAUAUUUCGCACAGCGCCUUGUCCAGCACCAGCGUGGCAGCAUUUUGCCUAGGGCUUGCCUCCAACCGCUCGCUCCAGUCGUUGAAUGUGGCAUCCACGGGCGUGAGCGACGCGCUUGUAGAGGCCUUGGCGACGUCGUUGCCGCCUCAGCUGACGUCUUUGAACGUCAGUGGAAACGGCCUGACGCAUAUCGCCGUGGCGCGGCUGUGGCAGUCGACAACGUUGACAGAACUACGGCUGUUUCACAACGCGUUGGGGUCGGGGUUUGCACAAGUGUUGCCGGUUCUUCAAGCCAACAAGACACUGCAAGUACUAGACAUUGGGGCCAAUGAACUGCAUGGGGAGGUAGCAGCGUUGCUGUUUAACGCCCUCCACUCACACCCGAGCUUGAAAACGUUGGAAAUGGGAGGAAACAACUUGGGCGACACUGGCCUAGCAGCACUUGAAGCCCUGCAAGCUGCCAACCCAUCGCUGGACGUGGCCAUGGAUAAAGCCGCGGGCAACGAGCAUGUGAACGAAGUAUAACCCCCGAAUAAACUCGAAAUGCCCAUUUGAACAUCGUUUUCGUUGAACGUGCGUAUAAUAAAUAAUAUGAUAAUGACAGACGCGCGACGUCUAAACUACAAGUUGCCACUGGUUCAUGUGCACAUACACCCCGACGCACACCGCGGCCGUGGCGACAGACCCAACCACAACAACUACAAGCACCCCGCGGCAGAUUUCAAACAACACGAUGGACAGGCCUUGGGUGACAGCGUCCACAACUUGCCGCAUGACUCGGUGGUUCGUGUCGUGGUGGUCACUGCUUCCACUUCGAUACAGGACAAACUUGGGGUGGACACUGCGACUGGGGCAGUUCCACACUGACUGUCGACACUUCGUCGCAGCUUUGGCGUCGCUGUCGUAGCCUUCCUCUUCUUCAAUGGCGUCGAGCAAUGCACUGCGCUGCCGGCCAAACUUGGACGUCACGGCCAACGACGAGCCCGACUUCAUGAGAAAGCCUCUUGUCGUCCAAACAACUUGACAAAUGAAGGCUACGUACAGUAUUGUAGCAGCAUUGUGAGUUUG